CCCAGAAGUGCACCCACCUGUGCCCAGCAGUGCCACCUACCUGUGCCCAGCAUCAGUGCCACCAGUCAGUGCCCAGCAGUUGAGCCAGUCAAUGCCUAGCAGUGUCGCCAGUCAGUGCCCAGCAGUGAUGCCAGUGGUGCCACCUAACAGUGCUGUCUAUCAGUACCCAUCAUCAGUGCCGCCUAUCAGUGCCACCUAUCAGUGCUGCCUAUCAGUGCCGCCUAUCCAUGAUACCUCAUUAGUGCUGCCUAUCAGUGCCCGCCUAUCAGUGCCCUUCAGUGCUGCCUAUCAAUGCUGCCUAUCAGUGCCCAUCAGUGCCGCCUAUAAGUGCCCAUCAGUG